CGGAUGAAACUCCCCGGCCCGCUUACCACUCCCCCAGUCCUCAUAUUUCUGCACUCCAGUUGAAUUUCCUAUUCUUCAACGUCCAGGCGUCCACAUAAAUGCAAAGGGAUUUUGCACUAAAAAAAAAUUGCAGACGGAUUUACCAAUUCUGGCAAAUUUUUCAUGCUAUAGAAUUUUCUUAUCAGGUAUACUUUUGGAUGAGAUAAUAUCUGAGUCAGUGAUCAGACAUCAGUAGACUAAAUGUUUAUUUGAGUAGCCGUGCACUCGAUAUUGAAGUGGCAUUUUUAUUGGCUGAAGAAGCAUAUUCUUAAUUUCAGAUAUAGAAGUAGAGGCAAGGUUGUUCUCAAGGUGAACAAAUCUAUUCUUUGAACUAUAACUGCAAAGAAUGUCAACGAGCACAUUGACAAAUCCAGGAACCGCUGGUCUAUAUGGGUCAAGUCUUCUGUUAAGAAAGACAGUGGGAAGAUUCCAGUUACUUAAAGGGGCUGAAAGACAUCACCUGUGGAAUUAUGGUGUACAGAAUAUAUUUCUCAGAGGACAACCCUAUGACCGAGAAAAAAAAGGCACGAGGAUUGAAGCAGGAUGGCUUUUCAAAGGUGGUGGGGGUGAUAAACGCUUGGAUGCAAGCACUGAGCAUAGUGAAAGUGCCAAUGAGGAUAUAUUGAUUUUCUUUUUUCAGCUGGACUUGACAACUCGGGUUCAGUAUGCUUUGAACUUGGAGCAGUAUGAUAUUGCUCAACAGUUGAGGAACAGACUAACUGAGGUUGAAGAAGAAGUCAUCAGGCAGCAGAAUGCAAAAAAGGGAUCGACCUCAAAAGUUGAUGCUCAGGAUCAAGGCAUCCGUUUGCUGAGAUUGCGUGCGGAUAUACAAAAGGCAAUUGACACUGAGAAUUAUGCCGUGGCUGCUGAAUUACGUGAUGAAAUUUCCAAAUUAGAAGCAGAGUCUUUGGCUGCAUCAGCAAAAGCUUUGAUAUAUGAGAAUGUUCAAUAUGCAUUCCGUUUGGGCCAGAAAGUGAGACAUAAGCUAUAUGGGUACUGUGGUGUAAUUUGUGGCAUGGAUCCUGUUUGCUGUGAAACAAGUGCGUGGAUGGAAACUGCAAAUGUUGCAAGUUUGUCCAGUGGUCCUAAUCAGCCUUUCUACCAGGUCUUGGUAGAUGUUCAUGAAGAUCCUGAACUUCUUGUGGCAUAUGUUCCUGAGGAGAAACUGCUAGCACCAGAAAAACCAGACUUGAGAAGGUUCGAUCACCCUUAUGUUUCAUUUCUAUUUUAUGGAACUGAUACAGAAGGAAAUUUCAUCCCGAUCAAACAGCUUCGUGAGAAGUAUAAUCAGCCUAGGUAUGAAGUGCCUUCUAAUCCUGAUGAUGAAGAGGGCGGAGAAGAUGGUUGAUGAAAACUACAUCAGAAUGAGAGAUUCCUUAGUAAAUGUAAUUGUUAUAGUUCACCGUGAAACAUGAUCUUGAAAGUUCUGAAUCGAAGUUCGAUCUUGAUUCAGUAGCUGAUUUUUCAUUAUGUUUGACUGUCCACUGCAAUUUACUGCUAAAAGUUGGUGCAUAUAUCAUGUCUGGCUUAUGUAUCUA